CCGUCAUCGUCUCGGAAUAUCUUCAUCUGCCGAUUUUCUAGAUUAGCCUUGCGCUAUACAAGCUAUCGCGACGAAACCCGACCUAUAUAAUAGUAUAUAAUAGUAUAUAAUAGUAUAUGUCUAAUGCAGCCGCAGAAUCAGUUCAGAGAGGUUACCCAACACACCGCGACAAGAAAGGAAAAUGGCUGAUCGCAAGCUGUCUGAGGCAGCUCCCGCUCCCUCAAAAAUCACUAUCCCAAUUGCUUCAUUUCGUAAGUUUAUGGGCCGAUUGAUGCGACGAGACUAUCGCUAAUGCGAAUUUGUUUGCAGCUACACAUAAUUCACCACGAGUCUGGUUUUUGACGUCCUCGUUGUCGCCAUUGGCAGUACGCCUGAUCCGAUUAUUGUUGGCGCAUGGCGAUUAUGUGGCAGCUGGUCUUCCUCCCUCAGAAAUCGCCGACGAUGAGCGAAGUUCCGAGUUUCGAGAACUGAUCAAUGAGUGCAGAAGCACGAGAAAAGAUAGGGAAGGGUGGAAAGACCGAAUACGCGGUAUCAGGUGCGAUGGCAGAGUAAUGGGCCAAUGUGGUGCAGCGGUCGCAGAAGCUGUGGAUGUGUUUGGACGAAUCGACAUUCUCCUAUGUUGCACGUCAGAAGGUAAUACCUCCUAUUCUAACUCUACAAAGCGUCUCUAAUAGUUUUGCCAGCGGUUGUCGGUACGGUUGAAGAAUUGUCUACCUCAGCAGCAACACAAAAUCUCGUUCGCGACCAAUUCGAAACCAUUUUCUUUGGUCAAGUAAACUUUAUCAAAGCCACCCUUCCACUCCUUCGAGAACGACACAAUGGUCAUAUAAUGAUUCUCACCGGGAUAGGAGGACACAUUGGCACCCCAGGGAUGCCAAUGUACUGCGCUUCAACCUGGGCACUGGAAGGCUACUGCGAUUCUCUAGCCUAUGAAAUAGCACCCUUCAACAUCAAACUCACCAUCGUCCAACCAAACAAAGAAAUCGGAGUUCUUACCAAUAAGAUUAUAUUUGCACCUCAAUUACCACAGUAUGAGAGUCAUAACAACCCGGCCCCAGGAUUGAGAGACAUCCUCACCAAUGUGGUAAACAUGCAUCCGGAAACACGGAUCAGUGACCCUAUGGGAACACCAGGGUCAGGGAAUCCAAGAUCCGUUGAUGAAGAGGGGAAUGCGAAUCACCUUGGUCCCAUACAAUCUCGUUUCCCUCGCCUCCCAAGUGAAGCCCGAGAUUGUUUGGUUAUGGAAACAGUACAUGCCCUCACGGCAAUUGGAGGCCACGAAAAUCCACCUGCAAGACACAUAGUCGGUUUCGAAGGCGUAGCCAGUGUCAAGGAAAAACUGAAAACGGUAAGUGAGGAAUUGGAGGAUUUUGUGGAAGUAAGUUGUGCCGUGGAUAUAUUUGCCAGUGAUGUUGGAAGAGCUGCGUUGGGAGGCGAAAAAGCUGAGCCCGGCUCUACUGGUGCUGGGAGAGGUUCUUCGGUGGGUUAAGACGUGU